AUGAUGAAUGCUAUGGUCAUUCUUGCGGAAUUCUUCGUGGUCAUCUUGAAAGUGCUCUGGGCUUUUGUCACCGCCGGGGCGAAAUGGGUGGUGCGGCCGAAGGAGAAGAGUGUAGCGGGACAGGUGUGUGUGAUCACCGGGGCUGGAAGCGGCCUCGGCCGGCUGUUCGCCAAGGAGUUCGCUCGAAGACGGGCUGUACUGGUGCUAUGGGACAUCAACAGCCAAAGCAACGAGGAGACCGCGGAGUUGGUGAGGGAAAUCUACCGGGAGCUGGACAGUGAAACCCCGAUGUCCAAAGACGGUGAGUUGCCUGAAAAUAUCUGUCAUCCGAUUUUUUCAACGCGAUUAUUUGGCUCAUGAGCUUGAUCAAAUAUUGUCUGGUCAGGAGGGUCACCAUAUACAUUAUUCUAUUGAUAACAAUAUGGUGUUUUUAAACCAACUAGCCUAUUUACUGUCGACUCAGUUUAUUAGCAUUUAAUUCUGAGUAGAACUUCAUUCCGUACGCUAGGCGUGGGUACGGUGCCCUCGCCACAGGGCAGCUCCCUGUUAAAGUCCUCUCUCUGGUCCUACACGGUGGGUUUGUGCUAGUAGCCUACCCUGUCAUUGCCUAUAGGGGCGAAAAUGUAUAGGCUCAUAUUUAAUAAUAAUAAUAAUAAUAAUAAUAAUAUAUUUGACCUACACACAGAGUGCACUCAGCAGCUAUAGAGGGCAGAAAAUAAUAUGUUUCAGAACUGUUUAAUGGCAAUUAAAGGGUCUGACUUUCCCAUCAACUUUAAAUGAAAAGUUAUUUUCCAUGGCUUGAUUUUAAAUGUGUUAUUACCUUAUUCUGAUUUGGACUGUCUAUUUUGAUUUUCUUGUCUGCCCUCCAGUGAUGUACUCUAAUACUGUGGUGUGGUUCAUUCUCACUUCCUCUCUCUCCCUCCCUCCCUCCAUCUAUCCAGGAGCAGUCGGAGGGCUAGAGGAGGUUCUUCCGUUCCAGCCGCAGGUGUACACGUAUGUGUGUGACGUGGGCAAGCGGGAGAGUGUGUACUCCACGGCGGAGAAGGUGCGUCGGGAGGUGGGAAACGUGGACAUGUUGAUAAACAACGCCGGCGUGGUCUCCGGUCACCAUCUCCUGGAGUGUCCUGACGAGCUGAUCGAACGCACCAUGGUGGUCAACUGCCACGCACACUUCUGGGUGAGUCCCCCACGCCUACUGUACUGUCAUCCCUGUCCCCUGUCCCCCCACGCCUACUGUCCUGUCAUCCCUGUCCACUGUCCCCCACGCCUACUGUACUGUCAUCCCUGUCCCCUGUCCCCCACGCCUACUGUACUGUCAUCCCUGUCCACUGUCCCCCACGCCUACUGUACUGUCAUCCCUGUCCCCUGUCCCCCACGCCUACUGUACUGUCAUCCCUGUCCACUGUCCCCCACGCCUACUGUACUGUCAUCCCUGUCCCCUGUCCCCCACUCCUACUGUACUGUCAUCCCUGUCCCCUGUCCCCCAUGCCUACUGUACUGUCAUCCCUGUCCCCCACGCCUACUGUACUGUCAUCCCUGUCCCCCACGCCUACUGUACUGUCAUCCCUGUCCCCCACGCCUACUGUACUGUCAUCCCUGUCCCCCACGUCAACUUUACUGUCAUCCCUGUCCCCUGUCCCCAUACCUACUGUACUGUCAUCCCCUGUCCCCAUGCCUACUUUACUGUCAUCCCUGUCCCCCAUACCUACUGUACUGUCAUCCCUGUCCCCCACGCCUACUGUACUGUCAUCCCUGUCCCCCACGUCAACUUUACUGUCAUCCCUGUCCCCCAUACCUACUGUACUGUCAUCCCUGUCUCCUGUCCCCAUACCUAAUCAACUGUCAUCCCUGUCCCCCACGCCUACUUUACUGUCAUCCCUGUCCCCCAUGUCUACUGUACUGUCAUCCCUGUCCCCCAUGCCUACUGUACUGUCAUCCCUGUCCCCAUACCUACUGUACUGUCAUCCCGGUCCCCCAUGCCUACUUUACUGUCAUCCCUGUCCCCUGUCCCCCAUACCUACUGUACUGUCAUCACUGUCCCCCACUUCUACUGUCCUGUCAUCCCUGUCCACUGUCCCCCAUGCCUACUUUACUGUCAUCCCUGUCCCCUGUCCCCCAUACCUACUGUACUGUCAUCCCCUGUCCCCCAUGUCUACUGUACUGUCAUCCCUGUCCCCCAUACCUACUGUACUGUCAUCCCUGUCCCCCAUGUCUACUGUACUGUCAUCCCUGUCCCCCAUGCCUACUGUACUGUCAUCCCUGUCCCCAUACCUACUGUACUGUCAUCCCUGUCCCCUGUCCCCCAUACCUACUGUACUGUACUGUCAUCCCUGUCCCCAUACCUACUGUACUGUCAUCCAUGUCCCCAUACCUACUGUACUGUCAUCCCUGUCCCCCAUACCUACUGUACUGUCAUCCCUGUUCCUGGUCCCCAUACCUACUGUACUGUCAUCCCUGUCCCCCAUACCUACUGUACUGUCAUCCCUGUUCCUGGUCCCCAUACCUACUGUACUGUCAUCCCUCUCCCCUGUCCCCCAUACCUGCUGUACUGUCAUCCCUCUCCCCUGUCCCCCAUACCUACUGUACUGUCAUCCCUCUCCCCCUGUCCCCCACGCCUACUGUACUGUCAUCCCUCUCCCCUGUCCCCCAUACCUGCUGUACUGUCAUCCCUCUCCCCUGUCCCCCAUGCCUACUGUACUGUCAUCCCUGUCCCCCAUACCUACUGUACUGUCAUCCCUCUCCCCUGUCCCCCAUACCUACUGUACUGUCAUCCCUCUCCCCUGUCCCCCAUACCUGCUGUACUGUCAUCCCUCUCCCCUGUCCCCCACGCCUACUGUACUGUCAUCCCUGUCCCCUGUCCCCCAUACCUACUGUACUGUCAUCCCUCUCCCCUGUCCCCCAUACCUACUGUACUGUCCAUCCCUCUCCCCUGUCCCCCAUACCUACUGUACUGUCAUCCCUCUCCCCUGUCCCCCAUACCUGCUGUACUGUCAUCCCUCUCCCCUGUCCCCCACGCCUACUGUACUGUCAUCCCUGUCCCCUGUCCCCCAUACCUACUGUACUGUCAUCCCUGUCCCCUGUCCCCCACGCCUACUGUACUGUCAUCCCUGUCCCCUGUCCCCUGUCCCCUAUCCCUGUCCCCUAUCCCUGUCCCCCUGUCCCCUGUCAUCCCUGUCCCCUGUCCCCUGUCAUCCCUCUCCCCUGUCCCCCACGCCUACUGUACUGUCAUCCCUGUCCCCUGUCCCCUGUCCCCCUAUCCCUGUCCCCUAUCCCUGUCCCCUAUCCCUGUCCCCCUAACCCCUGUCGCCUGUCCCCUGUCAUCCCUGUCCCUGUCCCCUGUCCCCUGUCAUCCCUCUCCCCCUCUCCCCUGUCCCCUGUCCCUGUCCCCGUCCCCUGUCCCCUACCCCUGUCCCCUGUCAUCCCUCUCCCCUGUCCCCUGUCCCUGUUCCCCUGUCCCCUACCCCCUGUCCCCUGUCAUCCCUCUCCCCUCUCCCCUGUCCCCUGUCCCCUGUCCCCUGUCCCCCUACCCCCUGUCCCCUGUCAAUCCCCUCUCCCCUCUCCCCUGUCCCCUGUCCCUCUCCCCCCCUGUCCCCUGUCCCCUGUCCCGUACCCCUGUCCCUGUCCCCUGUCCCCUACCCCUCUCACUGCCUAGACCUCAGGUUGACCCUUCAGGACUCCCACCAACUAGGACUGGAUCAACGAUGUUGAUAUUUUAUGGGGGUGUUUUAAAGCCCCCGAGGCCAGUUUAUUGGGUGGUAAACGGGGUUAUUCCCUUCAUUUACUGUAUGAUUCAUUCAAAUGAUUGCUAGCCUUUAAGAUCAAUUCAUUCAGGGUUGGAAAGAUGAAUAACUCUCUGAGAACUGCCAUGUUGUCGAUCAUAAGGACCCACAUAGUUUAAACAUCUAAUAGUAUUUACUACUAAAUCUACUCCAAUCUGUCUGGAUUAUAUUGUAGUAACAAAGUGACAGCAUCCGUUCUGUACAAACUCUCACCUAAACUUGUCUCCAUCUCAGAGUUUCCAGGAUCAGUGAUGAUCAUCACCUCCUUAUACUGGCAGGGUGUUUACUGUUCUAGGAAUGUCUCUCUCUCUCUCUCUCUCUCUACCGCUCUCGCUCUCCUGCUCUCUCUCUCUCUCUCUCUCUCUCUCUCUCUCUCUCUCUCUCUCUCUCUCUCUCGCUCUCUCUCGCUCUCUCUCGCUCUCUCUCGCUCUCUCUCGCUCUCUCUCGCUCUCUCUCGCUCUCUCUCGCUCUCUCUCUCCUCUCUCCUCUCUCUCUCCUCUACUCUCUGCUCCCUAUGUGUGUGCCAAACUAUGGUUAAUUUAGGUGUGUGUCUUUCUCUGUGUGUGGAAAGUAAAUGAUGACCAUAAAUAGUUUCCCAUACGUUGCUCUCCUCUCCUCCAGUCACCAUACGUUGCUCUCCUCUCCUCCAGUCACCAUACGUUGCUCAGCUCUCCUCCAGUCACCAUACGUUGCUCAGCUCUCCUCCAGUCACCAUACGUUGCUCAGCUCUCCUCCAGUCACCAUACGUUGCUCAGCUCUCCUCCAGUCACCAUACGUUGCUCAGCUCUCCUCCAGUCACCAUACGUUGCUCUCCUCUCCUCCAGUCACCAUACUUUGCUCUCCUCUCCUCCAGUCACCAUACGUUGCUCAGCUCUCCUCUCCAGUCACCAUACGUUGCUCAGCUCUCCUCCAGUCACCAUACGUUGCUCAGCUCUCCUCUCCAGUCACCAUACGUUGCUCAGCUCUCCUCCAGUCACCAUACGUUGCUCAGCUCUCCUCUCCUCCAGUCACCAUAUGUUGCUCUCCUCUCCUCCAGUCACCAUACGUUGCUCAGCUCUUCUCUCCUCCAGUCACCAUACGUUGCUCAGCUCAGCUCUCCUCUCCAGUCACCAUACGUUGCUCAGCUCAGCUCUCCUCUCCAGUCACCAUACGUUGCUCAGCUCAGCUCUCCUCUCCAGUCACCAUACGUUGCUCAGCUCUUCUCUCCUCCAGUCAUCAUACGUUGCUCAGCUCUUCUCUCCUCCAGUCACCAUACGUUGCUCAGCUCUUCUCUCCUCCAGUCACCAUACGUUGCUCAGCUCUCCUCCAGUCACCAUACGUUGCUCAGCUCUUCUCUCCUCCAGUCACCAUACGUUGCUCAGCUCUCCUCUCCUCCAGUCACCAUACGUUGCUCAGCUCUCCUCCAGUCACCAUACGUUGCUCAGCUCUCCUCUCCUCCAGUCACCAUACGUUGCUCUCCUCUCCUCCAGUCAUCAUACGUUGCUCAGCUCUCCUCCAGUCACCAUACGUUGCUCAGCUCUUCUCUCCUCCAGUCACCAUACGUUGCUCUCCUCUCCUCCAGUCAUCAUACGUUGCUCAGCUCUCCUCCAGUCACCAUACGUUGCUCAGCUCUCCUCCAGUCACCAUACGUUGCUCAGCUCUCCUCUCCAGUCACCAUACGUUGCUCUCCUCUCCAGUCACCAUACGUUGCUCAGCUCUUCUCUCCUCCAGUCACCAUACGUUGCUCAGCUCUUCUCUCCUCCAGUCACCAUACGUUGCUCAGCUCUUCUCUCCUCCAGUCACCAUACGUUGCUCAGCUCUUCUCUCCUCCAGUCACCAUACGUUGCUCAGCUCUUCUCUCCUCCAGUCACCAUACGUUGCUCAGCUCUCCUCCAGUCACCAUACGUUGCUCAGCUCUCCUCCAGUCACCAUACGUUGCUCAGCUCUCCUCCAGUCACCAUACGUUGCUCAGCUCUCCUCUCCUCCAGUCACCAUACGUUGCUCAGCUCUCCUCCAGUCACCAUACGUUGCUCAGCUCUCCUCCAGUCACCAUACGUUACUCAGCUCUCCUCCAGUCACCAUACGUUGCUCAGCUCUCCUCUCCUCUACCAGCCUCAGAAAGAGAGAGUG